AUGGAUGUAUUCGUCCUAGGCAAGAAAUUCCACCGCCGCCCCCGUCGCCCACUUUUGACUCUAAUUGACGAGCUAUACGACUUCCUCCAAGCCUUUCAUCACGAGAACGGCGCUGCCAUCGUUAGGCAGUCAAGCAACAACUCACCUGAGGUCAGCGGGCGCGCCAUCCCCACCUUCGUGGUGUUUAUCUGCGACCGCGGCCCGCGCCGCCCGUCCGAGAGCACCGGACUUCGUCGAGCCUCUACGCGAAAGCUGGACUGCCAGGUCAGAAUCACGGCCUCAACCUCGAAGCACGCGAAAUAG